GCACUUGAGAGUAGAGAGUAAAGGGAAGAGAAGCAAGACGUUAUGAUUUGUCUUUUUUCCUUCUUCUGUUGUUUACUUUGAGCAGCAGAAUUAUGCAGAAAGAGAGACAGAACGAGAAAGAGCAAAUCUUCGGAAUGGCAGCAGCGAAUUCGCAAAAGAUACAAUACUAAUAGGAGAAACCCUAAUACAGAGGAGGAGGAGGGAAGUGUGGAGAUGGGGAGGACGAAGAGUAGGAAGAAGGGGAGGAAGAAAGGGAGGGGAUCGGUGACGAAGUGUGAUUACAGCGACAAGCAGAUAAUUUCCCAGUACCAGAAUGAUGUUCGCUUCAGAUGCCAAUUUUGCCAUGAGCAGUUUUCCUCUUCGGGCGAACAAGCUCUCCAUGUUUUCCGGUCUCACCACCCGGUACUAACACCAACGCAAGUUUAUGAAGGUAAAAAAUCAAACGGUUUCUCAUGUGAGCAGCAACCUCCUACAUGUUAUCCAACACUUCCAGAGAUAACCCUCAAGCAAGCUGCUCAAAAGACGUGGAAAUCUGAAGUCACAUCCCCCAGCUUUUUGGAUGGCUUUCCUCGCCGUGGGCGGUCUCAAAGAGGUGCUAGCUGUGAGAAUAGAGUUGGCAAGCGAAAACAGAGGCUAGAUACUCAUGUGUUUGAGUGCUACUUAGAGAACUUAUGGAAGAGCUUUUCAGAAGAUAAGAAGACCUCCUUCACAUAUCUUGAUUGCUUAUGGUUUCCAUUGUACAAGGAAGGAUCCACCAAAACAAAGGUGUUGACAUGGAUCAAGAAGAAAGACAUUUUCUCAAGAAAAUAUGUCUUUGUUCCCAUUGUUUGUUGGCACCAUUGGAGCCUUCUGAUCUUAUGCCAUUUGGGAGAAAAUUUGGAAUCAAAGUCCAGAACACCGUGUAUGCUGCUUCUUGAUUCCCUUGGAAUGACAAAUCCAAAUCGGCUUGAACCUGAUAUACGAAAGUUUUUACUGGACAUUCAUAGAGCAGAGGAAAGACCAGAGAGAGAGGAUUUAAUUUCGAACAUACCUCUUUUGGUGCCUAGGGUGCCGCAGCAGAGAAAUGGUGAUGAUUGUGGAAUUUUUGUUCUUUAUUUUAUAAAUUUAUUUAUAAAGGAGGCUCCUGAAAAUUUUAGCAUUUUUGAGGGUUACCCCUACUUUAUGAAGGAUAAUUGGUUUAAUGCUGAACACUUCGAAAAUUUCUGCAAGGAUGUCCGAUCGUCUUGCUGGUGAAGAAAAAGAAACGGACUUGAGUGGAACCUGUCAUUCAAUUCAUUCUUUAAGAGAGGUAUACCAUUGUUGUUAGGUUCAUCAUGCCCUAACCUUCUUUUCUGCUGCAAAAUUAUCCCUGUUGUUUACUUCAUGUCAAACGUUACUCUGAUCCCUGUGAAGAAAAAGAAUGGGGAAAAGAAUAAGUGACACAGGAAGGAAAAAAACCUCAACUACAAGGAAAAAGCGAAUGAAGAGAAAUAAUGGGUAAGAAAAGGGGUUUCUGUCUAACUACUAGAGCCUGAACCAAAAGCUGUUACAUAUUUUGGGAUAUGGUAGAACGACUGUGGGAACCAGGCAAAAAUAUCAAAGAGACAAAGGUCCUCCUAUAUAUGUGGAGCCUUCAUUAUUUCACUUAUGAAGACUUUCUAUGGCAAGCUUAUUGCCUCUUGCACCAACGCAGCUAUUGAGUUCUCUUAAAACUGAGUGGCACUCGCAGAUCAUAUGAUCGUCUCCACUGAAAGGAAGGGCAGUGGUGAGCCUUUUAAGAAAUUGUUAAAGAGUGAAAUGGUAUGGUGUUUUUAGCAUGUAUUGGAUGGGUUGGUCAUUAUAAUUUGUUUGAUAGUAUUGUUUCUAUUGUAUUGUCUCUGGCAUAUUGCCUUACCAUUUAUUAUAGGGCUCCUCUUGAUUUGUUCAA